AGCAGGUUGUGUAAACCAAAAAUGUCAGCCUCAAGUUGCAACAGUUUUUGGCGGACUUGCUGGGAUGUUUUGCGGGUUCCGAUAGCCAAAACCAGCCUAGCAGUUGCACUAUCUAAUUUCCCGUCGAGGUGCAGUGCCAGGGCAUAUGGCACAGGCGGCACCACGUUUGGAUCCAAACUCAUCUCCACUCUUCCCCUGCGCGCAACCAACAGGCGCGUCUUUGGGUUCGCUUUUUUGUUCGGAGGGGGAGUCGGCUUGUAUCAAACCAUACAAUUCUCAUUUCAACAGCAUUUUGCAGAGGAUGAAUUGCCCAAUCUCCCCAAUCUCCAAUAUAGCAUCCCCACAAACCACGGCUCUGACCUGACGUUUGCCACCGACUUAACGUUUACCUUAUACCAGUACAAGACCUGUCCAUACUGCAGCAAAGUGCGGGCAUUCCUCGACUACUAUGGUUUUCCAUAUAAAGUUGUGGAAGUCAACCCUGUCAUGCACACGGAGAUCAAAUGGUCAUCGGAGUACCAACAGGUGCCCAUUCUUAUGGUGGAGGGGAAAGAAAUUGUGCAACUGAACAACUCAUCUGUCAUUAUCAGUGCAAUGAAGACGUGCAUGAUUGACAAAGAAAGAACGAUGUCAGAGGUUGUAACGUACUUUCCGAGACUCCCAUCUACCAAUGCCUGGGGGAAUGAAGUUCUGGAGUACACUAACAAAUACUGGGUGAUGUUGAAUGAGAUUAAGAUCACUGAGGUGUACACAUCUAAAAAUGCCAGAAAGGAGGAGGUACGAUGGCGUCAGUGGGCCGAUGACUGGCUAGUGAACCGGAUAAAGCCUAAUGUGUACAGGACUCCCGCUGAGGCCUUAGCCACCUAUGAUCACAUAGUGCGUGAGGGCAACUUUGGUUCUGUUCCUUUUGCCAAGUAUGUAGGGGCCUUCUACAUGUUCUGGGCCUCCAAGGUCCUGAAAAUCUGGUACAAGUUACAGGACGAUGUAAGGGAAGAUUUGUACAUGGCUGUGAAUGAGUGGAUAACCGCUAUUGGGAGGAAGAGGAAAUUCAUGGGUGGUGACAAACCCAACCUCGCUGAUCUGGCGGUGUAUGGAGUCCUCCGAUCCAUGGAAGACCUGGAGGCCUUUUACGACGUGAUGGAAAACACCAAGGUGAAGAAGUGGUAUCUGGCCACAGAGAAACAAGUGAAGGAGCAAGGUGGUCGGAACCUAUGAAGAAAACCACUGCAUAACUAUCAUGGCAUAACGGAGUUCAAGGUUGCUGAUUCAGGCUACCACUGCACAUAGAACAUCUGGAUGCAAAGGUUCUCUACCAGUCAGCACACUUUCAUAACAUGUUACAGGUGACUGUUUUAUAUGUGAAUGAACGGACAGUCUACCAUGUUUCAUGUUCUCUGUACAAUCAAAGUACUCUUUCAAAUAUCUUUAUGGAUACAGUCUUAGUUUCCCAGAGAAAAGGUAGCUCAAUAGUCAUUUUAUGUAUGUACAGUGCCUUGCGAAAGUAUUCGGCCCCCUUGAACUUUGCGACCUUUUGCCACAUUUCAGGCUUCAAACAUAAAUAUAUAAAACUGUAUUUUUUUGUGAAGAAUCAACAACAAGUGGGACACAAUCAUGAAGUGGAACGACAUUUAUUGGAUAUUUCAAACUUUUUUAACAAAUCAAAAACUGAAAUGUUGGGCGUGCAAAAUUAUUCAGCCCCCUUAAGUUAAUACUUUGUAGCGCCACCUUUGCUGCGAUUACAGCUGUAAGUCGCUUGGAGUAUGUCUAUCAGUUUUGCACAUCGAGAGACUGAAUCUUUUUCCCAUUCCUCCUUGCAAAACAGCUCGAGCUCAGUGAGGUUGGAUGGAGAGCAUUUGUGAACAGCAGUUUUCAGUUCUUUCCACAGAUUCUCAGUUGGAUUCAGGUCUGGACUUUGACUUGGCCAUUCUAACACCUGGAUAUGUUUAUUUUUGAACCAUUCCAUUGUAGAUUUUGCUUUAAGUUUUGGAUCAUUGUCUUGUUGGAAGACAAAUCUCCGUCCCAGUCUCAGGUCUUUUGCAGACUCCAUCAGGUUUUCUUCCAGAAUGGUCCUGUAUUUGGCUCCAUCCAUCUUCACCAUCUUCCCUGUCCCUGCUGAAGAAAAGCAGGCCCAAACCAUGAUGCUGCCACCACCAUGUUUGACAGUGGGGAUGGUGUGGUCAGGGUGAUGAGCUGUGUUGCUUUUACGCCAAACAUAACGUUUUGCAUUGUUGCCAAAAAGUUCAAUUUUGGUUUCAUCUGACCAGAGCACCUUCUUCCACAUGUUUGGUGUGUCUCCCAGGUGGCUUGUGGCAAACUUUAAACAACACUUUUUAUGGAUAUCUUUAAGAAAUGGCUUUCUUCUUGCCACUUCCAUAAUGGCCAGAUUUGUGCAGUAUACGACUGAUUUGUUGUCCUAUGGACAGAGUCUCCCACCUCAGCUGUAGAUCUCUGCAGUUCAUCCAGAGUGAUCAUGGGCCUCUUGGCUGCAUCUCUGAUCAGUCUUCUCCUUGUAUGAGCUGAAAGUUUAGAGGGACGGCCAGGUCUUGGUAGAUUUGCAGUGGUCUGAUACUCCUUCCAUUUCAAUAUUAUCGCUUGCACAGUGCUCCUUGGGAUGUUUAAAGCUUGGGAAAUCUUUUUGUAUCCAAAUCCGGCUUUAAACUUCUUCACAACAGUAUCUCGGACCUGCCUGGUGUGUUCCUUGUUCUUCAUGAUGCUCUCUGCGCUUUUAACACACCUCUGAGACUAUCACAGUGCAGGUGCAUUUAUACAGAGACUUGAUUACACACAGGUGGAUUGUAUUUAUCAUCAUUAGUCAUUUAGGUCAACAUUGGAUCAUUCAGAGAUCCUCACUGAACUUCUGGAGAGAGUUUGCUGCACUGAAAGUAAAGGGGCUGAAUAAUUUUGCACGCCCAAUUUUUCAGUUUUUGAUU